AUGGCUCUUCUUGAGCAACGGAUUACUGAUCUUGAGCGAGUGAUUAGCUCCUCCGCCGCAACGACCAAGAAGAAAACACGAGUGCGCAACGUUAUAAGCAGCUGGAACGAACAGCAAGGCCGCAAUGUCGAUCAGGACGUCGAUGCUCCCACGGCAAAGGGCGAUAAAACCCAGGAUAUUGCUUUUAUAUUCCGGACUGUGAUGAGAAUGAAUGAGAAGACUAAGCCCGCAUAUUCCGAGAUAGAUGUCGAGUCGCAGGGGCUACGUGACCUGCUCAGGAGCGUCAUCGGAGAUUAUCCUGGUCAAAGCUUCGACGGCACUAGUGUCUAUAUACCCGGUCCUUUUCAGGCUGUGGUGCACUAUUGGGAAGAGCUGAGGGCGGAGAUAGGACCGAAGGAAGGGGACAACGAGGAGAAGAAGCAGGCCCGCGAAGACCUGGACGAGAUGAUGAAUUCCAUCCGCGCCUCGGCGGAACUGGAGUCCUACUUCAAGACCCGCGAGUCAAACAUGGAUACGGGCGUCAUCACUUACGAGUUCCUCUGGACCAUCUUCCGGCCGAAGACCAAAGUCUUCGCGAAGCCUUUCUUGAACCUCCCGCAGAUAUUCGACGUUCCAUACUCUCCCGACCCCUAUGAGCGACGGAAAGUUUCGAUCCCGUGCUGGUGCUACGAUUACAACGGCAAAUCACAGGUCAAAACUUAUUACGAGUUCGACAUUGAGCAUUUCCGUGGCACAAAGGACAUCAGCAGCCUCUUCUGCUACCCGAUCAAUUAUCUCAAAGAGGAGGACGGCCAGCUGGAAGUGCUUCAGGAGAGAUUAAUAAAACGAGGCGAAAAGUUUAUGGAAUUGUGCACUGUCGAGAAAGGUUCCAAGCAGAUGUCUGAAUAUAAUGACGUUGUCUUACUCGCAAGCGGGAGCCUUUCGAGGUCGCUGGUCCAAGAUGUGAGGCCUAUCAAAGAACACCUGCAGGACAAAUCCGUCAAGGGUAAAUUCAUCGUCGACGCAGGCGCCUUCCUGCAGCACGGAUCUCGCAAUGGCUCUUAUCCGCUAGGAAGGUACACCAGCGUGGAAGUGGAAGAUCCCAUUGAAAAACCAGAGAGCUAUGACGUCGCGAGUAAAGAACAGGAAAGGGACAAAUACCUUCUGUGCCCUCCGCGGGUCCUGGGCUACUCGACCCAGCAAAAGAUUUGGGGCCAGUUCAAAGUCGACGCAGUGCAACGAGUUGAGCCGGUGAAGAUCAAGACGGCGUUCGACACAGAUCUGCAGUUGCACCGGGAAUAUAAAGACAUAAUCAAGGCGCUGGUGGAGAAUCAUACCAAGACAAAUGAUUCCAAAAGCAGCCGCAACGACAUGGAUGUGAUCGAGGGCAAGGGUCGCGGUCUCGUCAUUCUCCUUCACGGGCCUCCGGGCGUAGGAAAGACCUUGACGGCAGAGACCAUUGCUGAAGCUACUGGGAAGCCGCUUCUGGUCGUCAGCGUGGCUGAAAUUGGCCUGAAUGCCUCCAAGGCAGAAAAUAAUCUCGAGCGUAUGUUUCACCUCGCUGGCGCAUGGGAGGCCAUUCUCCUUGUGGAUGAGGCAGACGUUUUCCUCGAGUCUCGUAUGAGCACGGGUGAUCCGAAUCGGAAUGCUCUCGUCUCCGUCUUGCUGCGUGUUCUCGAGUAUUACGAGGGAAUCAUGAUUUUGACCACGAAUCGAAUCACGUCGCUCGAUAUCGCAGUACAGUCGCGUAUCCACCUCGCUAUCCGCUACGAGGACCUCACCAAAGCGCAGAAGAAGCAGGUCUUCAGCAGUUUCCUGAACAAGCUCCAAGAGAAGAACGAGAACAUCAUCUCGCCUUCCAACCGAGAGAACAUCGAUGAUUGGGUCGAAGAGAUCGGCUCAGAGCAAAAGCUCAACGGCCGCCAGAUCCGAAACCUGGUCAACAGCGCCCAUGCGCUCGCGUGCAGCAAUGGACAGGGUGGGAGCUUGCGUAAAGAACACUUCAAGAAGGUUUUGUCGAUUACGAGGGAGUUCCAAGAGCAGCUAGAAGGGUUAACUAGAGACCGUCGGGCAGACAACGAGGUGGACCGACGCACGAGGUAA